AUGCCACCAAAAACAAAAGGUGGGAAGGCCGACGCUAAAGGAGGAAAAGCGGCGCCAGCAAAAAAGAAGGACACGCCAGCCGGAGGAAGCGGAAAGGCUAAGAAGAAGAAGUGGUCGAAGGGAAAGGUUCGGGACAAGUUGCAGAACAUGGUACUUUUUGACCAGGCGACAUUUGACAAGCUUUACAAGGAAAUUGUUUCUGUCAAAUUGAUCACUCCUAGCGUUGUUUCUGAACGUCUCAAGGUCCGAGCUUCUCUAGCGCGUGCUGGUCUUCGCGAAUUGCACCAAAAAGGAUUAAUCAAAGUUGUGGUUAAGCAUGGAGCUCAAUUGGUAUAUACUCGAGCAACCAAGACAGAGGAAGCCUAG